CUUAUAUGAUUCAUCAGAAUAUACGAUGUGAAGAGUAGUUAUGACUGCAAUUUCGAUGAUUUUCAAGUGAUCGAUUAUGAUAAUACAACAGAUUAUCUAGUCUAUGCAGCUGAUGUAUUGAGGCAAGUUAUUCCUCACAAAACUAGGUGAAAUCUGUUGAAUCUGGCGGUUACUACGACGAGAAAUCUACAGAAGGACAUAGAAAAGAAUUAAAGGCCAAAACAAGAAAAAAUCACUAUUAAAAUGUUUCGUUUCCGCAUAAACACGGCCAGGAAGAACCAGAACAAGAGCAAUUUCCUGAAGAGAGAUUUCAAAAUCUCAUCCACACAGAGCUCUGAGAAGAAUUACAAUCAUGGAUAAAGAAACAGACGAGCUGGAGGUUCUGGAUAUGGUAGGAGUGAUAGUAAUGGCCUUCAAAAUCCUGCGCAGCGCCGCUCGAUUACUGUGGACCAUCACUCUAACCCUAAUGCUGCCCCUUUCACUGCUAAUCCUGGCCAGAAAUUUCAUACUAGAUCUCCUCUUCAUCAAAGAUUUACCAGAAAGGAUGCAGAGGUACUCUGUAUGCAGGAAUUUAGGGGAACUUUUUCUUCUGGAAGCAGCGUACCUGAGCUUAAUUCUGGCCUUCUUACUGCCGUCCAUGGCGGCUGUGGUGUAUACUGUGGCGUGCGUUUAUACAGACAAAGAAUUGCGUUACGGCAAGGUAAUUAGGGUUCUUCCUAGGGUUUCGAUGCGGCUCUUCCUUACUCUUUUCUGGUACUGCCUCUUUGUGCUUGCGGAUUACGUGGCAGGGUUGGUUGUUCUGCUUGGCUGGAUAUUUAUAGUAGGGCUGGAUAGCGGGGCAUUUUUAUUUGGGGUUGUGGUUGCCACGGUGUGUAUUGGGGUCCACGUGUACGCUACCCUGGUGUGGCAGGUUGCCAGCGUGGCCUGUGUGGUGGAGGAGAGAUACGGUUUGGGCGCGAUGAAGAAGGGUGAUGAACUAUUGAGAGGGCAAGAGGGCACGGGGCUGGCUUUGAACGUUGUGUUUUUGUUAGGGAUUAAUUUGAUUGGGUGGUGUUUUGACAAGGGGGUGGUGGAGGGGGACUUGCAUGGGCUUGGGAUGGAAGAGAGGACUGAUAAUGCUGUCAUUCUCUUUCUCUUGCAUUCUGCUCUCAUCCUCAUCACUUGCUUGUCUCACAUUGUCUUCUACUUUGUUUGCAAGUCUUUUCACUAUGAGAGUGUAAGUAAAUUGGUUCUUUUGGAUCAUUUGGAGGUCUGUUUUGAAGGGCAUGUGCCUCUAAAAAGUCAGCUCAAGCAUUUUUAACCCUUAGAAUGCACAAAGUGUUAGGUGUCUAUGAAUGCUUAGUGUAAGUCAGAAUAUGUUGUAGUCAAUGUGUUGACUAUUUAGUUAGGGGCACCUCUAAUGUAAGGAGUUGGUACUUUGAUUCCA